GCUGCGGCGGCGUGAACAAAUAUCACGCCCCAAGAAGCAGAAGUGGAUUACGCACGCGAAGCUUAGCAAGAAUCACCUCCAAUCUUACUGCUUGACUCGAGCCCUAGAUUAGAAGAGAGGCGCACUGCGUGAGUGAGCGGUGGGACAGCACGAUGGCGCUGCCCGCGACCUGUUCGACGUUUUGCCUGAAAGGGGCGGAGCAGCGCGGUCCACCCCGCUGGAGCUUCCACAGGUUAUCUGCGCGCGCGGCGAGCCUCAUAGGCUUCGGUUCUUGCCCACGCCGCGGGAGGCUCGUGCUCGCCGGCUGCGCGCGGGCAGGGGCGGGGGCGAGCGACUCCAAGGCCGUGCAGCUGGUGCUCGGCGGCCGUGCGCGCGACGACGCCGGCGACACCGACUCCGAGUCCAGCGAUGACGAGGGCGGCGAGGACGGCGAGGUGCCCAUGACGGACGAGGAGCGGAGGACGCUGCGCCGGAAGAUACGGGAGAUGAUGGACCGCGUCCCGGAGACGGCGGAGCUCACGGACCCGGAGGAGCGGAAGGCCAAGAUGCGGGAGCUGCUGACCAAAUACGAGCUGGUGGUGGAGGAAGAGGACCCGGACUGGCCUGAGGACGCCGAGGAUGGGAUGGGCUUCAGCCUCGGCCAGUUCUUCGACAAGAUCACCAUCAAGGCCGAGAAGAAGGAUGACGCCGACGAGGAGGAUGACACGGGGAAUCAGGGUGACAAGGAGAUUGUUUGGGAGGAUGACAAUUACAUCAAGCCGAUUAGGGAUGUCAAGACACAGGAUUGGGAUGCGUCCGUGUUCACUGAUUUCGGACCGAUGGUUGUGCUUGUGCAUAACAGAUAUAAGAGACCACAGGAGAAUGAGAUGGCAAGGGCUGAGCUUACUAAGGCGAUCGAGUUGUUUUGGGAACACAAUCUGCCGUCACCAAGGUGUGUGGCGGUAGAUGCCUGUGCCGAGGCUGACCUUGUGGACGCGCUGAAGGUUUCUGGUUUCCCUGAGAUUCUCUUCACUAAUGCAGGGAGGAUAAUACACCGUGAGAAAGUUGUUCGGUCGGCGGAGGCAUGGUCGAGGAUGAUGGCGUUCUUCUACUACAAAGCAGCAAGGCCACCUUUCUUGUGUGAAGCAGAUGGGAAGGGUCAAGAAAAGGUCCCUUUGAUGUCAUGAGAACAACGUGGAAGCUUAGCCUCGUAUUAGUUAUAGUAAUCUAGUGCCUCGAAUUGCAUCAGUGUACACUAUUAGGAUUCUAGUGUUGAAACUCUCAACUCUUUCGACAAAUCUCCACUAAGCAACCUCUUUGUGGUGCGGUGCAAUGUCUGGAAAUUUCUGUCACAAGGAUUGAACAUUAGACUAUUAGAAUAUAGAUAUAAAGAUCACAAGGAUGGAGAUGUCUAUGAAGUAUCCAAAUUAUCUAUU